AUGCUGGGAAAGCCCGGGUUGGACCACGUCGUGGGACCCACGGGCUGGCGGUAUGGCCUCAUGGAAGCGAUCACGGAGGCGACAGGGGACCCGGACACAGACGUUGCGGCAUGGUUCAGAGACGGUGCCCCCCUGAAAAUUUUAAACGCCAUCCCGAACCGGGGCAUGUUCCCUGAGGCGGGGCUGUCAGAGGCGCAACGUGCAUCACAGGAAUAUUAUGAGGCCCGGGGGGCACCCGAGGGCAGGGAGAACUACCGCUCGUUCGAAGAGUUUGCCUCGGAGUCGGAAGAAGAGCUCCAGAGGUUGGUCCGGGAAGGCCACCUCGAAAGAAUAGGGGAGUGGGAGGACGUGGUUGCCCGGUGGCCGGACGCCAUUACCACCCGGAUUGCAACGAUCGUCAAGGAACGCCCGGACGGCACCGCGAAGACCAGGUUCGUGGUGGACAUGCGCCGCAGCGGCAUCAAAGGCCUGGCCACGAAGUUCUCCGAAAGAAUUGUGUUGCCGAGGGGCUGUGACGCAGUGGAGGGCAUCUUGGACCUCCUCCGUAGGCGCAAGCCCGGAGAAGAGGUCUACCUGAUCACGGUCGACAUCGCCGACGCCUUCCUGAACCUGCAGGUCAGAGAAGAGGAGCGGGCGUAUACGAUAGUCCGGGGGCAGGACGGCACAUACUAUGCAUAUAAAGGCGUUCCCUUCGGAUUGGCCACGGCACCCCUCCUGUGGGGCAGGGUGGCUGCGUGGCUUAUGAGAUUCAUACAGGCAAGUAUGGCGAGGGACCGCGCGAGCCUCCAAUGUUACGUGGACGACCCACUGGCGGCGGUCCGAGGAACCGCCCGUGAAGCGACGCACAUCAUGCUCAUGAUGAUGGUGGCGUUCUCCGUGGUGGGCGCCAGGCUCGCGAUCAAAAAGUUGGCGGCGGGACCGUCGGUCCAGGCCUGGAUAGGCUCGGUCCUCUCAGUCGAAGGGGACGCGGUUAGAAUCAGAAUUCACCUGGAUAAAGCCAAAACACUGAAGCUCCUCCACCGCGUCCUUGGCGGGCGAGCUGUCCUGGGUCGCGGGCAUCGCCCCGAGAUUGCGGCCCUUCGUCUCCAUGUUGUGGGCAGCAGCCGCUGCGGCCCGACUGCGGCUGACCAGCACGGGGAAAGCGGCGAUGCCUCAACCACCGGGCUGGGCGGAAUCCUCCUUUCGACCGAUGGUCGUCCCCUCCGCUACUGGGCGGCCACCAUCACAGAGGAGGUUGCACAAUUCCUGGGAGCCCGGAUCGGAGAAUCCAGCUCCAUGACCACUUUCGAGCUCCUGGCGCUCUUCGUGGGACUCAAGGUCUGGGGACCCCGGCUCUUCGGUAAGCGCCUGGGGGUCCAGAUUCAGAUGGACAACCAGUCGGCUCUGACCAUCGCCACGGCCUUGUCCUCCAAAGGGGACUCCAGCAACCACCUCGCUGCCGAGAUCAGCCUUUUGCUGGAGUCGCUCCAGGUUAAGGCCCUGGACCUCCGCCAUUGGCGGAACACCAUCAACAUUGAGGCG